AUGGGAGUUGUAGUCAGUAUGGAUUCAUUACUUCCUGCUUUGACGAGGAAGACUAAGAAAUUCCGGCUGUUAACGAAAAAGUUGUUUGCCUGCCAAACUGUUUCACCUCGAAGAGACAGAAGUGGAUACAGAGACAGAAUGUCUUUGAUGGAACAUAGUCCGGUAGUCCGGCCAGUUACCGCAGUGGCGUGGACCUCCAACAGCAGCACCUGCCCCAAAGAUUUCACUCUGAUCAGCAUCACAGAAGACGGAGCAGCAGCGAACUUUACGCGUAGCUUUGCAAUGAAGUCUGGAUAUUACCUCUGUUACAGCAAGGACUUGGCUGGUGGUAUGGUGGUGUCAGACAUUCAGCUUAUUACAGACAAGGACUCUAUUCCUCAUGGUUACUGCUAUAUAGCAGAGCACCUCGAAGCAAAGGCAUCUGUUUGGAAGAAGAAACGGGUGUGUGUUCGCGUCGUCCCAGUGGGCAGUGUGGACACAGCUGUGUUGGAUGUCAAAGUGACAGCCAAAAGCAAAAUGAUGUUGCAGCACUACACAUAUGUGGGAGACAUCCAUGGCUACGUGUUAUGGUGCAGGAAGGGUCAUUUUUCCAGCCCCAUGCCCCAAGCUAAGCCCCGCAGUGUCACCCUGGACAUCCGCAAACUGUCAUUGGAUCAGCCGUCUGCUCCUCUGCCCCUCAGACCCAGCAACCCACCUCCUCCACUGCCACAUAAUAAACUGAGUCAGAGACGCCACAGCCUCCACACCAAGGACAACUUGGACAAACCUGCUGACAGCAGUAUGCAGGGAAUCACAGCUCUAGAUGGAGUUCCCUUUAGCCUUCACCCAAAGUUUGAUGCCCAGGCAAACGGCACGGCUCUUCAACUGAACUCUCAACUAAACAACAUACGUAUAAAGUCUGUCCAAGACAUUGAAAAUGAGUAUAGCUACACUUUUGCGGUGGAGGAAUCUGCUGCCAAAAGAACCAGGCCUUCAGUGCCUGCAGGAAGCGCUCCAGCUGCUCCGUGAUCUGUACACUUUGAAAAAGCAACAAUAUCAAGACUCGGGUGUUCUGCUUUUGUCAAAAGGUGUUUGGCACGACAGCUAGCAUCACGGUACAGACGAAGGAUAAUCUCACCUACAUGUACACUGUAGGCUUUUUAUAUUAAACUUCAAGUGGGAAGGAUUUAUCAUAACAGGGUAAUUAAAGGGAAACUACACCUUUCUUCAAAUGUAUACAUUUUAUUCCUGUGGUCUAAGAAAAUUAUUGGUAAACAUGAACUCUCCCAAAUCCAAAAAUUAAAGUGUAAAGUCAAGUAUAAAGUCUGGAGCUGCUCCAUAGACAGUGAACUGGUAAAGCUUAAUAGAGGACUCACAGGGAUACAUUUUCUGAUUCAGAAGUGAGAACACUAGAGUAGAAUAAAGCUCAUUUAGAUAUUUAAAAAAUUACACAAAAUUAGUUUCCCAUUCAUUGUCUAUGUAGCAGCUCCAGACUUUAUACCUGAAGUUUGAGACUUGCUCCUCUGGUUUCUGGCUUUGAGAGAAGCUCAGGUUCACAAAUAUUUAUGGAAAUGUUCUAUGCCAUGGAAAUAACAUAUUGAAAUCCUUCAUUUAUGUGGUGUUCCCCUUUUUAAAAGGUCAAUUUUGACAUGAGACUGACAAUCACAGAGUUGGCUGUUCCCUUACAUUCCUUUUUUAUCGUCUUAAGUUUAUACUCCGUUACUUUUCUCUUUAGUUUUUA